AAACCGGCAGAAUUUAUUCUGUGUCAGAUGCAGUCGCAGGUGAGACAGAAUUUGCACCUGGACAGCGAGGUGUCCAUCAACAAACUCAUCAGCCUCAAGUACUACACCUCGUACGUGUACCUUGCCAUGUCGUUCUACUUUGAGCGGGAUGAUGUCGCGCUGGAGAACUUUGCGAAGUUUUUCCACGAGAUGUCGGAGGCCGAGCGCCAGCAGGCGGAAAAACUCAUCGAGUACCAGAAGCAGCGGGGUGGGCGACUCCAGCUACAGAAUAUCGAGAAACCAGCUGAGAGCAAGUGGAGCAAUGGGCUGGAAGCCACACAAGAUGCUCUAGAAUUACAGAAAAACAUCAACAAGUCUCUCCUUGACCUGCACCAGCUUGCAUUCAGUAAGGAGGAUCCUCAGCUGUGCAGUUUCCUAGAGUCCAAUUUCUUAAACUGUAACGUGGAAUUCAUGAAGAAGCUGGGAGACCACAUCACAAGCCUCAAGGGACUGAGUGUGGGUCGGACCAGUAGAAUGGGCGAGUACCUGUUUAACAAGCACACCCUUGGAUAAAGAGGCUUGACUGUGGAAUCAAGCAAUCUUCUUCCAUACUCCUCAAUCCCCAUGUGCUGUCAUGGAAACCGAAGUAUCAUACACUGAAUGUUAAAGCGUUUGUUUCAGGAACAAGUCUACUUUUAUUAAUGUAAUAAAUGUUUCCAGAAAACAAGAUGGUCAUUUGAUGAUACAGAUACUUUUAAGGCCAUUAGUUUUUUCAACAUCUCUGAACACCUUAGAUAAGAACACCAAUAACUUAGAAACAUCUCCCCACUGCAUCUGUCUCCUUCCCAUUUACUUGUCAUCCUCAAGGGAGCAUAGGUUUCCUCCCAAACACAGCAACACUAGUUAGCAACAGCUUGAGCACUGUGAACAGUUCUGGACACCACAUUAUAGGAAAGAUAUGACUGCACUGGAGAAUUGUGUAAAUAUGUCACCAGAAUUGAAGCCAUGAGGAAAGACCGGAUUAACUAGGAGUAUUUUCUUUGGAAUGGAGGAGGCUAACAGGAGUCUUAAUUGAGAUGUAUAAAAUUAUGAGAGUUAUAAAUGAAAUAAAUAGGAAGGACCUGUUAACCGUAGUAGGAUGGGUCAAAAUCUAGGAGACACAGAGUUUAAAGUAAUUGGUAGAAGCGUUGGAGGGGAGGUCAGGAAAGAAAUUUUCACCUAGAGUGUGGUGGGGAUCUGGACCUUCCUGAAAGGGUGGCUGAGGCACAAACCCUAACUGGGCUUGAAAAGGACUUGGGUGUUGAUGUGCUGUGUCCUGCAGGGCUACAGACCUGGAGGUGGAAGGUGCAAUGAGGCUGGAGAGCUUUCUCAACCAGCGUGGACACAAUUGCCCAAACAGCGUAUAUUUGUGUCAUAAACAUUCCAUAACAACACUUACAGAAGUUGAAUUUUCCUAUAAAUUCCCAACCACCACCACCACCACUUUAACUGGGUCCAGUGAUGUAUUUGGGAAGGAGAAAAGUUCAGCUCUUCUCACCUUGCCAAUGCUGGAUGAGCAGAAAUGUGCUCCAGAUAAAUAUUGGGAAGACCAAAGUCAAUGUCCUCAGGCUCUAUUCCCAGCCACCAACUCCUUCCCUCUUCCUGAAAAUGAAUCAGCCUUCUUGCAAACUUGGUGUCAUAUUUGAGCAAUGCAUGGGUUUUCAGUGAGAUCUGUUCCGUCACCAGCACAGCCUACUUUCACUCAAAUAUUAUCACUCAACUCCCUUUCUGACUGAACUUAUCUGAUGAGAAAACUCUCAUUACUUUCUGAUAUAAUUGCCCAGCACACACCUGGCUGGCCACCCUUGUUCUCCUCAAUGUAAGUAUGAAGUCAUCCAAGCCUCUACUGCGCAUGUCCUUAACAGGCACCAUGUCCUGAUCACCCAUAACUUCCUGUGUUUACUAACCCUCACCAGCUAUGGUUUUGGAAUUCCCAGCCUUGUUUUCAAGCCCCCUGGGCCUUGUCGCCCUCCCUGUCUCAUCGGUAGCCUCCUCCCAUGCUCAUCCCAAUUUCUAUCGGUCCACCCUUGCCACCCAUGCUUUCAGCUGGGUCCGAGCUCCAAAUCCUUCCCUAAAUCUCCCCACGUCUCUACUUCCUCCUCUCUAACGCUUCUUAAAACUUUCCAUUUGACUAAUC